UUUAUUUGCUGCUCGAUCAAAAUAAAGCUCGAGCGACAUGAACUUGUGGAGCAAACAGAAGUGAAACUAGCCGGAACAAUGGCCAGAGCAGAAGAAGAAGACAACUGGAGUGAGGCAGUGGAAGAUCUUGUAACAGCAGGAGACACCGACGGAGCCAUAGCUCUUUUGGAAUCGGUAAUCUCCAAUCUCGAAAACAAAGACUCUCCUGAGUUGGCCUCUGCUCUCUGCGACUUGGCCAAGCUCUACUCCUCCAAAGGCUUCUCUCUCAAAGCUGACGACCUUCAGUCUCGCGCUUCCGCCAUCAAGCUUCGUCACUCUUCCUCUUCUGGUGUUGCUACAGAGAAGCAGAGCUUGAUGCCUGGAAAGAAUUCAACAGAUGGACAUGUUGAAAACUCAACGAAAUCGCAGGGUUCUUCUUCUUGCAAUGGGUCUUCGGAUGAUGAUUGGGAAGCUAUUGCAGACCGCACACCUGAUGAAUUACUCUCCUCACAAUCUUUGCCCGGAGUAUCAAAACUUUCUUUGGAAGAUACCAAAGUUCAAACCCCUAAGCGGCGUGGAAGAGGAACAUUUGCAUACAAGAAACGUGAACUGUACAGUGAUCAAAUAUCUAAUAAGAUUGUAGUUGAUAAUGAUAGCUUGGAGGAAGAAAAUGAGGGCCAUAAUUUAGAGGGCAGUGAAGAAACAAGAAACUCAAAAUAUGGCACACGUCACAUUCUUGUUUUAGCUGACUGUCCACCAAGUACUAGGACAAUAGAGUUGGAGAAUCUUUUUGAGGACUUCAGAGAUCAUGGAGUUGUUAUUCGCUGGGUUAAUGAUACGGUUGCCCUUGCCGUUUUCAGAACACCAGCGAUUGCACUUGAGGCUCGUAGUCAUAUUCAAUGUUCUAUGACAGUUCGAGUGCUUGAUGAGGAUGAUACCCUUCUGAGUUCAAUUUCACCAAAAGAUCUGGAGCCUCCUCGGCAAAGGCCACAAACAUCAGCAAGAACUGCCCAGAGGCUCAUUGCACAUGGAAUGGGAUUGAAAUUACCUUCAACUGCCUUCGGGUCCAGAGACUUGAAGAAACAGGAAAAUGAUCGAAGGAGCCGCAUAGUCACGCGACAAAAAUUGAAAGAUGAUGCUUGGGGUGGGGAUGAAUAGCGACAUUUUUUUUUUGGCUAAUAUUAUAGUCCCUUACUUCAUUUUCUUUUUAUGGACCUUGCCCUUUGUAUGCAAUUUCUGAGCGUGAAGUCCUUCAUUCAACUCUGAAUCAGCGGUUGUUUUCUGUGCAUUUAGCUAAAUAUACCUUCCUACAAGUAUUAAUGAAAUCCUAAAACUUCCUUGUUUUUGUUGUCC